AGUAGCCACAUCGAUGGAAACAGAAAGGGAAAACCAUCGAUUACUGGACAAUAAUUUUAAUAAAUAGCGCUGCUCGCAAUACUUAAAACAAUAGGGAACAAUGAAAUACAUAAGCUUAUGCCUGGCUGUGAUAUUCCUCUUUGGAUGCAGCUUCCUCUUUGGCAAAAUCCAUGGUCUUCUGCGCCGGUGCUAUCAGUGCCGCUCCCGCGGCGAGCUGGGCAGCUGCAAGGAUCCCUUCAAUUUCAAUGCCACCGAUGUGGACCACGAGUCCGGCCUGUCCGCCGUGCCCUGCGCCAGCGGCUGGUGUGGCAAGGUAAUCGAGGGCGGCGGCACCUACGCCAUCGAUGACUACGACCUUGCCAUCCAGCGCAUGUGCGUCCAGCGCGGACCCGACGACAACAUGGACCGCUGCGCCGACACCAUAUACAACUACAAGAAGGUCUACAUGUGCUUCUGCCAGGGGGAUCUCUGCAACAAGGGGCACAGCUGGACGCAGCCCACAGGGCGACUGGUUCCACUCCUCCCCCUGCUGACAGUGCUGCUGCCAUCUGUUUGUCGUCUCAUCUGAUGCAUUAAUUAGCCUUUAGUCUAGAGAAAUAUUCUUAUUUUUGUACUACUUUAUGAUUAAAUGAAA